CUCAAGGUCAAUGGAUUAUGACUACUAUAUAUAGAUAGUCCGUAAAUGACAAUAUUAUAUAUUAAUCUGUUUUAUAAGUUCAUAUUCCUUUCUUAUCUAAUGGUUACUAAGCGAAAUAAUCAAACGAAUAAAUCAGAAUUAAAUAUUCAAUUAAUUAAACAAAGGAAACCAACAACAUUACAAACUCUUAUUGCUACAAUUCUAUUAUGUAGUUUAACAAUAAUAUUAAUUCUUAUUGGAAUUAGUUUAAAAUUAACAUAUGGACCAUCAUUAUAUUAUAGAGAUGAAAAUUAUUGGCUUGCAGUCAUUGGUUUAACUUUAAUAGCAAUAGCAUUACCCAUUGGUAUUACAUCAAUCUGUUUAUUGAAUACAUUAUUUCGUAUAAAACAAUAUAUUAAAUAUAUUGAAGCACGUAAACAAAUAUUAGAAAGUCAAGUUACUGAAACUAAAUCGGAUAAAGUGAUUUACUAGUAAAAACAUUGAUCUUUGAAAAAAAAUAAAUUAUUCAAUGGUGAUGUACAUUAAAAUUAAAUCAUGAUUGUGUAUAUAGAUAAUCAAAACUGAAUUCAUUGCAUAGUUACAUUAUGAAUUAGCUUUUAUUACACAUUUGACUUCUUGAUACCUUUUUUCAAAGGAGUUAUAUUCUUUUCAGUUUUAGUUUCAGUUUGGAAAGGACAGGAGGCUUGAUGACCUGUGUUAGUCCUGGCAAUGAUGGUCUCUCAGCUGAGUGGAGGUUUUUUUGGUAAAACUUUCAUCAUUCUUCUAGGUAAUAUCAUUCAGGCGGGGAAGGGGGAAGAAAGUUUCAAACAGAAGUGAUCUAUUCGAAAUUCUUCAUAAAUUACUGAUUAGUAGUUUAUUCUAUCAAUCAUAAUUUUGAUUGGUUAUUGUUUACUGUUGUAUUUUUUUCACUGUUUGUAUAUUAUUUCGAUAAUCUUCUUUUGUCCUUUGAUCUUUGAUGUGAUAACUGUCGAUUAUUUGUUUUGAAUGUUUGAUAAACUGUGAAGACUCUUUCAGAAUAAUAUACAGCAUUAAAGAUC